CGCCGAGGCCCUGGGAAUGAAUUCCUUCAACUUUUUUAUGAUCUGCGAUUCCACUUAGGAGCUUUUCCCCUUUCAACCCACCCUUAAAAUCUCGGACCUCCCACAAGCCAUACAAUUCGACCUCCAUCCACUGCGUGCAAUCCAAAUCAGAUCGAGAAAACCCCCAAACCAUGACCUCACCAAUCCUUCCAUCCGCCCUAACAACCCUCAUCUCCUCCUUCACAAGAGAAACAUCACCUUCAUCAAACCCCUCCCCAACUCACAAGCCCACCCAACACCAGACCCUCAGCGCAAACCCCCAAACCACCGCCCUCACCCUCCAAGUCCUUCACAAUCUGCAGCACCAACAACUCUGGACCUCCCUCCAAAUCCACGAACUCCACUCCGGUCCCUCCGCAGCAGCAGCAGACACAACUGACCAGACCCAGAAGACCCACCUCAUCUCUGGAAUCCCACCCCACCGGCUCUACACACACCCGGACGAGCAAUUCUACCUCCUCGAGCGCGGGCUCCGUGAGGAGGACCUCGAGCUUGAGCGCAUGUUUGUGCUUCCUACUGUGCAGGGCCAGACGUGGAGUCUGCGGAGGUUGGCGGGGGUGUUUGAUGCGCUGCCUGAGGGGCAAGAUACGGAGGGUCUGGAAGGGGAAGAGGGGGAGGAGCGGGCGGGGAAUGUGGGCAUGGAGAAUGAGAACAGCAACAGCGGUAGCGGGAGCAGCAAGGCAGACAACUUAAAGGAGUAUUACGAGUAUCGGAAACAGGCCCGUAUGACGAAGGAGUGGGGUGGGAAGAGGAUGCUUCUGGCUAUGGUGGAUCGGCAGAUGGGAGGCGAUAGUACGGUGGUCUACUAUGUCGUUCAGGAUGGAGCGGUAAAGCCGCGACAAAAUUGAGGUCUGGUUGAUGUACUCAUGUUUCAAGCUGAGUGGUUGGGGUUGUGGGUUGGAAUGAGGGAGGGACGAAGGAGACACGCGAUCACGAACGUUAUGCACAGCAAGAAAAAGCCUCGUCCAAUUUCUACUAUUACAGCCAAACCCAACCAACAUUAUAUACA